UCAAGUUUUGUCGGUGGACAACAAACUCCCUUUGGCUCUUGACAUAUCUCUGCUGUACCGGGAAAAAUACACGGAAUCAUUAAGAGACACAGCAUGACAAGUUCCUCUUAUAAGCUGUAGACCGUUUUGAGGGAGAUGGAUAGCUUAAUGGAAUCUAAUUUGUCCCUGCUCUCUUCUUCAAAAGAGGAAUUUAAAGCAGAAGAUUAUGUACAGCCUCAUUACAAAGAGGCGUAUCGGUUAGCCAUAGACUGUCUUAUCGAUGGUGGAGAAGCUUCUUAUCAAAACUUCAUCAAGCAAGAAGGCAUUUGGGGAUUUAUAUCUGAGAAGGAAAUCCAGCACAUUACAGGGAGUGUUGUACAGCUACCCACCAGCAAUCACACUGAGGAAGCGGACUGCCCGCCGGAUGAGACAUCUUCUACGGGGACAUACUGGCCGACUCACUCUGACACUGAGCCUCCAAACCUAGAUUUAGGCUGGCCGGAGGUUUUGCACAGCAGGCUUAAGACCAAUAUAGACCUGCUCUUUCACCCACCAAGGCAAAACAGCCCCACCAUCAAGGAAAUGAUCCGGAAACAUAUACAGGAUGCCAGGCAGGUCAUUGCGAUUGCAAUGGAUAUUUUUACUGAUGUGGACAUUUUUAAAGAGGUGGUCGAUGCAUCAGUCAGGGGUGUUCCCGUCUACAUUCUACUGGACCAUAUUCACUUCAAAAGCUUUCUCACUAUGAUUGAAAAACAAGAUGUCCAAAUACAACAACUCAGAAAUAUGAAGAUCCGUACAGUGAAAGGCCAGGAAUAUUGCUGCAGAUCGGGAGCAAAGUUCCAUGGAGCGAUGGAGCAAAAAUUUCUCAUUGUCGACUGUCAAACAGUGUUUUUUGGAUCAUACAGCUUCAUGUGGUCCUAUGAGAAGAUUAACCUCAGCAUGGUGCAGGUUAUAACAGGCCAACUAGUAGAGACUUAUGAUGAGGAAUUCCGAACAUUAUACGCUCGUUCGACAAUCCCAGCUCCAUUUCAGAACAGUUUCAAUGGAAACCAGUGUGACGUGAGGCCUAAUGGUAAAAUGGAUGGAAACCUCAUGCAUUCCAGCAACCCCUUCGAACGCAAAGACCACUUAAGGCACACGCUCGAUGCAGUUUACCGGCAAACCUGUGAAAGGCGAUCAGGAUUUUUGCCAUCACGGGAUUUUGAAGAAAGGCAGCUUGUUGCACCACAGACACGCUUCCUUCAAGAAGCAUCUGAAUAUUACAAAAGGCACAGCUAUGCCGGUGAGCGCCAGGAGCCUGCAUAUAUUCCACAUUUGUCUAAGUAUGGCGCUAGUAAUUGGAACGUGGCAGCGGCAAGCAACCACUACUGUGGUUUCUCUAACAACAAGGAACACCAAUAUGAAAGUUACGUCAUCAACCCAAUGCACAGAAGCUCAAACAUGCGCCAGUCCUACCACGGGCAAGACAAACAAAUUCUCAACAUGAGGCAAAAGAUGCCCAGCUUAGCUAGUACAUCAAAGUCUUUCCUCCGAACAUGGAGGAUAGAGUCCUACCUUAACAACCAAAAUGAUGCACCUUACAGAGAUAACUACGAAUAUCUGGACCAACACGAAAUGGAGAAAUAUAAAAUACCGGCUUCCCAACACUCGCGCAUCAGGUCAUCGGUUGUUUUCACAUCCACUAUACCAGAGCAACCAGAGACGAACAGCUACUCCAAUAACUCAGCGUCCUCCAACCACGAAAAAAUUCAGUCAACCCAGUGGAAUCAUGCAGGGGCAGCACAAUAUGACGACUACAUGCUCAAGAAGCGCAGUACACAGAUUUCAGAAAAUUCAGGGACCAGCACAAGCUACAGCUCAGGAAGAGAUGCAAUAUAUGCAAGUCUGAACAGAGCAAACAGCAGAUUUGCUAACAAGGAACAUGACAUCCAGCAAGUGGAUUUAUACAAGAGACACAGUGUGGCCGAUCCCAGGUGCAAUACAUAUAAUAGUGACAGGAAUGAGCCAUCUAGUUACAUGUAUGCCUCUUUGCCUAGAGCACAAAGAGACAAGGUUUUAGUAAAUGAGCAUCCUACAAGUGGACGGUACUCACAAAACCUGAAAGAGGACCAAAGAUCUGUCUCACACUAUGAUUUUAAAAAGGCAGAUGAAACAACUACCUCAGGAAACGUAUGGCAAGAGCCUCCCUAGAGAACUGUAUCAGCAACACUUCUAGAAAGAGAGGACGGUCCACCUUUAAAAACAAAUAGCAUAUCAUCACCACACUUCUUCAAAAGGAGCACAAAGAAAAUAAAAUCUCUUCUAAAUAUCCCACAGAAGGGGGACGGCUUGCCGAAAAGAAAGAACCCUGCAAGUCUCAAAACAGGAAGCAGCACUGAUACAAUUCUUGCAGAUGACGAUUUAACACGAGAUAAGAAACACCACAGUAGCACUACCAGUUCUGUCAAAUCCAUUGGAAGCAUCAGACUGAGACGCGCAAAUGGGAAGAUUCCCAGUGCUGAUAAUCCCACCAUGGGAGGAACAUCGGCACCUCGGUUUAGCACCGAAGAGCUUCAUCACCCGCUGACUAAAAGUGUUGCAGAGACUUCCAAAACACAGGAACAAACCUUGUCCGUUGCUCAGAAUGACAGGUCAAACUCAACACUGACCAGAUCGGAUCUGUUGCCAAAGAAACAAGUAUCAACAAACAGGCCGUAUAGCAGAUUUGAGCCACUUUGUUCAUUUGAAGCGAAGCAUUCCUCAGAAGGUCAUUCAGCCUAUGUGUCUUCAAACAGCAAUGCAAGCGCAAAAUUGAGGAAUUCUGUGUUUUUAAGAGGAGAAACAAUUAAUAAUCAUAACAGUUAUGCAAACCAACAGACACACGGACAUGACAACAGACUUGGCCGGUUCAUGCAAAGGGUUGGCAAUUUAAUACACAAGAAAUACUGACAAGCCAGUUCAUAGCAAGUUUAAUGUUAAAGUGUUUCAUUCUGUCCACUUGCGUGACCAAAUGGAAUCGCAGAAUGAUUGUAUUUAAACCAUUCUCACUUGUUAGUUUGACAAACAUAUACUGUACCCACACUUACAUAUGCAGUUUUUGUAGUGCAUGUAAACAUAGUCAAUGUUGCUGUGCUGGGUGAAAUGCGCAAACAAAAAAAAGAAACAGCGUUUAUGGAUCUGAACCGAGAGAUGGCUUACUUAUAUCGUAGCUGUCUUUGCACAUUCAGCUGGGAUGGAAUAAAGUAUUUUAACAUCAUUGAAAUUACACACUUAAGCUUUAAAAAUUUUAAACGAACGAUGUUUACUUGAAUAAAUUACUGCUAAUGCCAGUGUUGAAGGUUGGCACUAUAACUUGUUGUGAAUGCUGCAAACACUGUCUAUGGUCAGACUCCAAAUAAUUAUUUUAUUCUUCUGGUGUACUAAAAGAGAUGAUUGUGUCUUAAGUGGGGCUGCAGGCAGAUGUAAUGAUAAUAAUUUCAUAAUUUCUUUCACAUGAGUAAUUGAUACUUUGAAACAUUAACUGUGGGUGAUACCUCAUAUUUAGGUCUGAUUGCAAGCGGUAGCAAACCAUUUUACGAUGAUAAAUUGCACAUCAGUCUGGACAAGAGCUUUUCCAAAAUAACCCUGAUUGUAAUGUUGACAGUGAAAUGCUGGAACAGAUGCCAGAUAAAUAAAUAUUUGCUAAUGGGUAAUUGCAUGCUUAGCUUAUCAUUAAGGGUGAUAAACCAUGCCAGAAAACACGAAAACAUUGUUUUGCUCAAGAUGACAUAUGUGUUAAAUAAAUAAAUUAAAAUAAAAUGUUAUUUACUC